AUGAUCCCAGCGGCGCUAUUCUCCUCUAGUCUGACGUUGCUGUCGCCACCUCCUUCUCCUUUCUCAGAAGCCGAGUUGCCAGUCAUUCCUACCGAUGAUCUGGGCAUGAUUGCUGACGAUGAAUGCUCGCGGGAAAAUGUUCAAGCUGGACCAGCGGCAAAGACAGUUCAAAAGCGAAGAGCCGCAGGUACGCGUCGCAAGGUGACCUAUGUCUCCAGGCAUUUCAUCAAGGAGGUGUCCAAGGACGAACGGCAGGACGACAAUUCGAAGGAGGAAGACAAGAUGCUCGACAAGACAUUAGAUGCAGACCUCGAGGGCGCUCCAGUCAUUGCCACACCGCCAGCAACGCCCGCCAGAAGCCGGGUCUACUAUGGACUCAACCUCGAUGACCUCUCCUCAGAUUCAAGUCUCACAGAUGUGCCAGAUGAUAUUGGGCCUGACCCAUUCUUGCCACAUGCUCAGUCCCCUUUGAGUGGUCCUAUGACUGGGGAAGUGAAGAUCGAGACCAAGAAGCCACGAAGAUCAACCACGUCGCCCUACUUCCCCCAGGUGCACAAGCAUCGACCUACAUUCCUAGCUACAUUGCCAUUCCCGCCUCUUUCCCACGAAAAGUUCGGCCUGAUGCAAGAGAGACUGGCGCAUGACCCAUUUCGUCUCCUGAUCGCGACCAUUUUCUUGAACAAGACGCCUGGAGAGCGCGCAAUGCCGGUCUUUUAUCAACUCAUGUCACGCUACCCUACGCCGAUAGAUCUUGCUAACGCUGAAGUUAGCGACAUUACAUCGAUCAUCUAUGGCCUAGGAUUUCAGAAUCAACGGGCGAGGAAAUGUGUUGCAAUGGCAAAGGUCUGGCUCGAGAGGCCGCCUUCGCGUGGGAAGCGAUAUAAAAAGCACAAUUAUCCGGCGAAGGGCGAUGGACGAGACGUCAAGCAAGACGAAGUCCUCGAUGACGAAGAUGGCCGUGUGGCGUGGGAGAUUUCUCACUUGCCUGGACUUGGACCCUACUCUCAUGAUAGUUGGCGUAUGUUUUGCCGGGAUCAGCUGAGAGGAGUCGCCAAGAGUUGGAAUGGCGAGGGAGCGGAGGAUACUGACACUUUUGAGCCAGAGUGGAAGAGGGUGGUUCCAUUGGAUAAGGAACUACGAGCGUACCUUACUUGGAUGUGGCUAAAGGAAGGCUGGGUUUGGAAUAAAGAGACGGGAAAGCGAACAGAGGCGAGUCCGGAGCUUCUGUCGAGGGCAAGAGGAGGCGGGAUCGUGGUGGAAGAGAAAGACUCUGCCCAUCUGGUCGUCAAAAGCAUCCAGGAGGAGAACGUCGAUACUCUGAAAGAGAACAAAAAAGUCGAACGGACUGCUGGAGAGUAUUUGCCCUAG